AUGGUUCGCAAGAAGGAGUCCUCGUCGUCCUGCGACGCGAGUAGCAGUUCGGACUCAGACGCGACAAGUUCAUGGUCCAGUGAGGAUUCUUCGGGCUCGGACAGCGAGUACGAGGCUGCUCUGUACCAUCGGGCAUUUGAUGCGAUCUUCCUCCUGCCCACCAGGAGGCCUAAGGUGAUUGGCUUCGUUGAGGAAGUCGUUCGGCGAUAUUCGGACGAUGAGUUCCGCAGGCACUUUCGUCUGUCGCGACGUGUUGCGGAGCAACUCAUUGCGAGAUUUGCAGCUUCACAUACGUUCCCGUCAAGCAGCCACGGCGAUGCGGCCGCGAAGUCUGUAGAAACUCAUGUGCUGACUUUCAUCUCGUACGCAGCCAAUAAAACAAGCAUAAGGGACGUGGCAAGCCGCUUUGAUCUAUCAGAGAGCUCCAUUUACAGAGUGCUUCUUAGGGUGGCUGACUUUCUCCUCGCCAUGGGCCCGUAUGUUGUGUCCUUUCCUUCCAACUUAGAAAAAUUGUUCAGUGUAUUUAAGAAGGUUAGUGUCAAGAUGUUUUAA